AUGAGCGCACGCCCGAUUCAUUUCGAUAUUCCACAUUUGUGUAAUACCACCGCCAUCACUCUGCUGGUGCUGUUCAGCCAGUUGCUGGUGAUCAUUUUGCUGUUUGCCGGUGAUGAGUUGAGCUGGGGUCGCUUUGGCCUGAUGUCGCUGUUUGUACAGUGGGUGGCGUUGGCCAGUGCGGGUAUUUUAUGUCUACUGCGCAGCACGAUUGCGCGCAUGAAUAUUGUCAUGGGUUCCGGCCUGGCGUUUGUGCUGGUGAUGACUGUAACGCUGUUUGUCAGUCUGGCCGCUGAAUGGCUGGUGGGGCGUGGUCCCGACCCGCUCAUGCGUAUUUUCGGCCAGUUAAUCAUCGCGGGCAUCAUCACGGGUCUGGUGUUCCGCUAUUUUUAUGUGCAGCAGCGCCUGCGUAUUCAGGAGCAGGCGGAAUUGCAGUCGCGCAUCCAGGCGCUGCAGUCACGAAUACGUCCACACUUUCUGUUUAACAGCAUGAACAUCAUUGCCAGCCUCAUUGCCACGGACCCGGAUACCGCGGAAAGUGUAGUGGAAGAUCUGUCUGAGCUGUUUCGCGCCAGCCUGAACGAUGCGGGUAAUCAGGUCUCGAUUGCCGAGGAACUGGAUCUUUGUGAGCGGUAUCUGCGAAUCGAAGCCCUGCGUCUCGAUGAGCGGCUGCAUCUGCAGUGGGAUGUGGCGCCGUUAUUGCCCGGCACGCGUAUACCUUUGCUGACCUUGCAGCCGCUGUUGGAAAAUGCCAUUUACCACGGCAUUCAACCCCUGCCGGAAGGCGGUACGAUAGAGCUGCAGCUGAGGUAUGAAGAUGACUACGUUGUGGUGAAGAUUGUUAAUCCGGUACCACCGCCUAACCAGGUGAGUGAAUCCCAGGGUAAUCGUAUGGCGCUGCAGAAUAUCCGCAGUCGCCUGGCUGUGCUGUAUGGAAACCAGGCGACACUGCAUGCGGAUACUCAGGGAGAGACAUUUGUGACCGAGCUGCGCUUCCCCGCGGUGGGUGAUGAUCUGCACGAAGUGGUUGGAGAAGCUGCAAACGGGGCGCAGGCAGUACAGUUGUGCAAUGAGCUGCAACCGGAACUGGUGUUGCUCGAUAUCCGCAUGCCAGGUAUGGACGGACUUGAAACCGCGCGCCAUUUCUUAGGUCUGGAUGAUCCACCGGCGGUAAUUUUCUGCACCGCUUAUGAGGAGCAUGCUAUUGCUGCUUUUGAUCUUCAGGCAGUUGGCUAUCUGCUCAAGCCGGUACGUAAAGAUAAGUUGCUCGAUGCUCUGGGUAAGGCUGUCCGCCUCAACCGCGCUCAGUUGUCCGCUCUGCAGAACGAUAACCAGGCCCGCCGCUCGCAUAUCUCUGCGCGCACACAUAAGGGCAUUGAGCUGAUCAACCUGGAUUCUGUGCGUUACUUUCAAGCAGACCAGAAAUACGUCACGGUGCGCUACAGCGAAGGCGAAGUUAUUGUUGAUGAGACUCUGCGCGAGCUGGAAACCGAGUUUUCUGACCUGUUUGUGCGGGUGCAUCGCAAUGCCCUGGUUGCCAUGCAGCACGUGGAAGCGCUUGUUAAAGAUGGCGAUGGCCAUGCGCACUUUGUGCGGGACCAAUUGCUGGCUGCUCACGCUGACCUUGAAGUGGAGCUGUUGGGUAUGACCACCAAAGGCGACCAGUGGCUGUCUGCGCCACUCAGCGAAGUUGGCGGUAAAGGCCUGUUUGUGAAAGAGCUGGAGCAGGCCAUGCUGCAGGGGCGUGCAGAUAUAGCGGUGCAUUCAGCAAAGGAUCUGCCAGCACAGAUGCCAGAUGGGUUUGUCCUGCCGGUGCUGGCUUAUCGCGCGGAUGUUGAAGAUGUCCUGGUUUCAAAUUUUGGUGCAUUGCAGGACUUACCCCAAGGUGCAAAAGUAGGCUCUUCGAGUUUGCGCCGCAAAACACAACUGUUGUCUAUACGACCGGAUCUUGACGUGCAGCCGGUGCGCGGCAACGUCGGUACGCGCCUGCAGAAACUCGAAGAUGGCCACUAUGAUGCCAUUGUGCUCGCGGCAGCUGGAUUAGAUCGCUUAGGCAUUUCCCGCAGUAACUGGCAUACCCUUGAUGUUGCUAUGUGCCUGCCUGCACCGGGCCAGGCUGCCCUGGGUAUUGAGUGUCUGGAUAAUCCGGAGGUGCUCGCGCUGUUGGCAGCCCUUGAAGAUCAGGAUGUUGCGCGCUGUGUGACUGCGGAGCGUGGUAUCAGCGCCGGGCUCGGUGCAGAUUGCUCCCUGCCGGUCGCCGCUCUGGCAAAAUCAGUAGACCGUGAAACACUUGAGCUGACUGCGCUGAUUGGCAAUGCAGAUGGCAGUCGAAUUUUACGCAGCCGCGUUCGCGGUGCAGACCCGGAAGUGAUUGCGGCCACCGCGGUGGCCGAGUUGCGGGAUCAGGGUGCAGAUGACAUUUUGCAGCAGUUGCAGCGCACACACUGUUUAUUAAGUCGAAUCCAGGGCUCAAGCUGCCUUGCCGUGGGCGCUGCAACUGCGGCCGUUCUGCGCGCAAAUGGGGUGAUUGUGGACGUGCCCGAGCAGAAUACGACAGAGGGUUUGCUCGAAAUGUCGGUCAUCAAACAACUUUCCGCGCAGAACUCUGUCUGGUUGAUCGCCGGUGUCGGCGGCCGACCAACCCUGGCGGAAAGCCUCUACAAUCUGUACCACUGCAGCGUCGUAAAAUUUGAGUUGUAUCAGCGUCUCAGCCUUGAUUUACCCACCAUCGACGUAGACGCUGUAGGUGCGGUCGUAGUUUCCUCCGAGGCGAGCCUUGAAGUGCUUGCCCAGCAGUGGCCUGGUUCAAAACAGGUGUUUCUGAUUGUGCCGUCAGCGCGCCUUGCGGCGAGCAACGUUGGAUAUUUUGCAGCCGCUAAAGGCUGCAAAGCGUUUACAAUAGAAAGUAUGAAUGAGCAAAAACCACCGGCUGAUGAUCCCGAGACAUCUCCUGCUGAUAAUGACCACCUGGACGCUGCAGAUGCAGAAAUGCAGGAUACACAGGACCAGUUACAGGAUUCCCAGGCCGAGGCCGGCAGUGCGCCCGAAUCAUCGGCGACCUCGGCUGCCGAAGAAGAUGCAGCGUCAGCAACAGAGGCUGAACCGGAACCGGAACCGGCUGGCGCGCCUGAGGCGGAUACACCGCCGCCUCCACCUGCCAAGGCAAAAGGCCGAUUCCUUGCUUUCCUGGCAUUGUUGCUUGCAUUGGCGGCAGCUGGCGGCGUGGGUUAUCUGUAUUACGAGUUGGUUUAUCUCAAACCACUGGCGCAAAUAGAACAGCUCGACAACAAGUUGGACAGCCGCUAUUCAGGGCUGGAGAGUCAGUUGUCUCAGCGCAUUGCGACGCUGCAGGCAUCCACCGAAAGCGCCAUUGAAACUGUUCGCGGGGAGCAGGCCGAGCGACUCGCCAGCAACGAAGAUGCGGUGCUCGAAUCUCUAAAUGAAGCUCUGAAUGCAGCACCGCCUUCGCAACGCGAGUGGAAACUCGCGGAAGCUGAGUAUCUGUUGCGGGUAGCCAACCACCGGGUGCUGAUGGAGCAGGAUUCCAAUGGUGCGUUGAGUUUGUUGCAGGCCGCGGAUCAGAUCAUGGCGGAACUGGAUGACUUUGCGUUGUAUCAGGUGCGCGCCCGUCUGGCAGACGAGAUCAUUGCUUUGCGGCAGGUGCCACGUGACGAUUUACAAGGCAUCUAUCUGCGCCUGGAGGCGAUCAAGUCGCAAGUCGAUGCUCUGCCUCUGCCCGAACCUGCCUAUGUUGAUGCGCGCCGCCAGGCAGCAGUGGAAGAGUCUAUCUGGCAGACACUGGCGAAUGAGCUUAAACAGUUUGUACGUAUCCGACCUAUUUCCGGCGAAGAGGCGCUGAAACCUCUGCUUGCCCCUGAAGAAGAACGUUAUCUGGAGUUGAACUUGCGUUUGGCUCUGGAGCAGGCGCAACUGGCUACGCUGAAACGUCAUCAGGAUGUUUUCGAGCAGAGCUUGUUAAACGUGCGCAGCUGGUUGGUUGAUCACGCAGAUACAACCGAUGAACGCACCACCGUUUUGCUCAGCCAGGUUGAUGAGUUGCUGAUAGUUGAGCUGGCGCGGCCGUUACCGGAUAUUUCCGGUUCUCUGAAUGAACUGCUCUCUAUCCGCACGCUGCUGGUCCGGGACCCGGGGUACGUGUUAAUUGCCUAUGCGGACACCGCGCUGGAAACCAGUUUAUGGGUCGCGGUGUUGCUGUUCAUUGGCCUUUAUAUCGCCGUACGUCUGAUCAGCGUGGUUAUUUUCAAACUGACGCAGGGUCAGUCAAAAGUGUUGCGCUGGCGUUCAGGUCGUAAAGUCCGCGCCGCUCGAUCACAAACUGUAAGAGGCCUGCUGGUAAUGGCCGAAGGGCGCUGGGCUGACGCAAAGAAGCUGUUAGCAGGUGCUGCAGAUGACGUUGAGACACCGUUGAUCAACUAUCUGAAUGCCGCGCGUGCUGCGCACGAAUUGGGUGAGUUGAACGAACGGGAUGAGUUUCUCAAACGUGCGCACGAAACAACGCCAGGCGCUAAAUUUGCGGUUUCAUUGACCCAGGCUGAAUUCAAUAUUCAUGAAGGGCGUUACGAGCAGGCGCUGGCGGCCCUGUUGCUGUUGCGUAAACGGGCACCCAAACACGGUGCGGUUCUGGCGAUGUUGGCACGCUGUUAUGAAGCUCUGCCGGAUUGGCAGGCGCUGACCCAGUUGAUGCCUGAUUUGAAAAAGAACAAAGCUUUGCCCGAGUCUGAACUGCAUCGUAUGGAGCAGGCGGCAUGGCAAGCUAAGUUGUUAGCGGCUGACAGCAGCGCCGGAUUAUGGAAGAAGCUGCCUAAAUACCUUCGCACUGAGACGCCUCUAAUGUGCAAAUGGGUUCGCCAACUGAUGAAAGACAAUAAGCCGGAUGAAGCAGAGCAGGUCAUCCGACAGGCACUGGGUCAGCAAUGGGAUGCUGAGCUCGCGCAGAUAUAUGGCGAAUUGCACAGCAGUGAUCCAGCACGGCAGUUGGCCGUGGCACAAGGUUGGGCGAAGCAGCGGCCUGAUGAUGCCGAAGUGGCUUUGACGGUCGGUCGGCUGUGUUUGCAGAACGAAAAAUUUGAACAGGCCAGAGAAUACUUUGAACACAGUUUGCGCCUGGCGCCCGGCGAUGCUGUGUACGGCGAGUUAGGGCGUUUGUGUGUGGCCAUGGGAGAUGAGCGUCGUGGUACAGAAUAUCUGUUGCUGUCGCUGAGUAAUCUGUCAGACCUGCCUCAGCCAGCCGAGCCUAUGUUGCGAAAAACAAACGUCUCUUAG